GGCUGGACGAUUGCGACCUGCUGAUGUAAUAUGGCGGUCGGCGAUUGUAAUAAUAACAGCUGAGUGGUAUUUUUGGCAGCUUGCGGACAAACAACAAUAAAUAGACACAGAAUGAAGGUCGGAACUAAUAACUAAGUCAAUCAAGAAACACAAAACAUCAGAAUGGAGGCGAUGGAGAAAAUAAAUAACAGUAUUUUACCCGAAACUCUUCCCCCAGAAGAAGAACUUGGCAACGUUGAAUACAAGAGAACAUUGGUACGCCCCUCUGUUACAAGACUUGAACAUUUAGUCACACAGAUGAAAUGGAGAUUAGAGGAAGGACAUGGUGAAGCAAUAUAUGAAAUAGGCGUUGAAGAUAAUGGAAUAUUGGCUGGAUUAACUGAUUCAGAUCUUGAUGCUUCUCUUGAAACCCUGGAAACCAUGUCGUCAAGACUUGGUGCCAGUUUAACUGUUUUAAGAGAAAGAAGUAUUGAAGAUGAAAAAUCAACAGGUCGUAGACGUGCCAUGGAAUUACUGAUUAGAAAAGUCCCAGAUGAUCAAGAGUUUUUAGACUUACGACUGGCUGUGCUUGGAAAUGUUGAUACUGGAAAAAGUACCUUACUGGGUGUUUUAACACAGGGUGAACAGGAUAAUGGGCGGGGACGUGCCAGGUUAAAUCUGUUUCGACAUCUUCAUGAAAUACAAUCUGGAAGAACAUCUAGUAUUAGUCAUGAAAUACUGGGCUUUGAUGGCAAAGGAGAGGUUGUGAAUUACAGUGGAUCUAGAAAUAUUGAAGAAAUUUGUGAGAAUUCUACUAAAUUAAUAACAUUUAUAGAUUUAGCAGGACAUCAUAAAUAUUUGAAGACAACAAUAUUUGGAUUAACUGGAAAUUCGCCCGAUUUUGCCAUGCUGGUUGUUAGUGCUAAUAAAGGAAUGGUUGGAACAACUAAAGAACAUUUAGGCUUUGCUUUAGCAUUGGGUGUUCCGGUUUUUGUUGUUGUAACUAAGGUUGAUAUGUGUCGAAAAUUUAUGAUUGAGAAAACUGUCAAGCAACUAGAACACAUCUUAAAAUCACCAGGAUGUAAAAAAAUUCCGAUGAGAAUAGAAAAUGAAGAUGAUGCAAUCACCGCAGCUACUAGCUUUGAUACACAAAAGGUGACUCCAAUAUUCUUGGUUUCAAGUGUCACAGGUCAAAAUCUUCCUCUUUUGAUCAAGUUCCUUAAUGUAUUACCUCCCUUGAAGAGUCGACAUGACAGAGAAAAACUUGUCCAAGAUCACACAGAAUUUCAAAUAGAUGAAUUGUUUACUGUACCAGGUGUAGGAACAGUAGUUGGAGGAACUAUACAAAGGGGUUCUAUCAAGGAGAAAGAUAAUGUUAUCUUUUAA